UUGGGUAGGGUGAUACCAAAAAGCAAAAAAAAACAAAAAAAAAUAAAAAAAUUAAUGAUAUGGCUUCUGUGGUGCAGUUUUAUGAAGACUUUAUGUCGGAACAUUCUGAUCCAAGAGUCGAGAACUGGACUUUUAUGGACACCCCACUACCCACUUUAUUUAUAGUAUUGGUGUAUUUAGCUACCGUACUAGUGCUCCUACCGACGUAUAUGAAGAACAGGAAGCCUUUUCAACUAACCCUAAUUAUUAGAUAUUACAAUAUUUUUCAGAUAGUAGCAUGUUCAUUGAUCAUUUAUAAGAUAGCCAAUGCGGGAUGGAUAACGGGUGAAUAUAGCUUUGGAUGCCAACCAGUAGAUUACUCCGACAAUCCCAAAGCAGUAAGUGUGGCGAUGGCCUUUUUCUGGUACUAUUUGCUGAAGUUGGCAGAACUAUCGGAAACCAUAUUCUUCGUGUUGAGGAAGAAAUUCAACCAAGUUAGUGGACUGCACUUGUACCACCACGCAUCGACUUUAUGUUUGGCCUGGAUAGGAUGCAAGUUUCUUGCAGGCGGAAUGGUGUCCGUGCCAAUCAUGUUAAAUUCCUUCAUACAUGUUAUUAUGUAUGCGUACUACUAUUUAUCCUCAUUUGGCCCAGAAUGGCAAAAGAAGUUAGCACCUUGGAAACCAAAAUUAACUAUAAUGCAAAUGAUACAAUUCACUAUUUUGAUUACUCAUUCCCUCAGUGCUCUCCAACCCACCUGUAAAAUUCCGAAACUAAUGUUGCUUCUAUACGUUCCAAACAUACUGCUGGUCUACAAAAUGUUCUACGAUUUCUACCAGAACAGCUAUCAGAAGAGGAAAAGCGUGUAAGCUAUUUAACAAUCUGUAAUAAAUAAAUGAAAACGGAAAUUUAAAUAUUGCAAAUUCUAUACCCACAACUAAAAAUCCAUUAAAACUACGUUUCCACAUAAUAUUUACAUUAUUUAUAUACUUACAGUUUUUAAACUUUUAUAUAUGAUAUUUUUAAUACAACUUUAAAAAUGUUUAAAUUCUAAUUACUAGAAAUUAUAAAUGAGACAUGUUGUAAAUCAAUGUUCAUUUUGUAUUUAAUUAAAAUUAGGAGAUAGUCAGUAGUGCACCCAGAAAAAAAGUUACGAGAGCAAAAUUUAAAUAAAAACAAAAUAUCUCAAAGAGACAAAUACUCUCUAUGUAGGGUGAAAAUAAUGGGUCUUUCCCCAACCUGGAAAUUUUGCCGAACCACUACUUUUGUCGAGGGGUGGGGAUAUUUUACUUUCCUAACAUUGUUUAGACAAAGGAUCAACGUGAGGGUCCUUUGCGAGGUAUGGUAGGUCUUCCUAUAAACCUAUGCUAAAUUUGUAUAGCUUCUGUGAAAUACACCGACAUACAGGCUAUUAGAAGAUGGACGAGCAUCGCGAGCCUUCUCAAUAUGUUAAAAAAUUUAUUAAAACCGUCCCUUAAACACAGUUUAAGGGAAGAUUUUUUUUACAGAACUUCGAUAUCCUGUAAAUGUGUUGUGGUUUAUGGUUUGACCUACUUAUUUGUAACACGCUAUAUAAAUUGAGUAAUUAAACAAUAAUUAACAAUUAACAAGCAAAAUAAUAAAAUAUAAAAUGAUAAUGACUUCUACUCCGAAGCAGAUCUAUGGUCUCUUGGCUACCCUCUUGGGUGCACUACUCCUGUAAUUAUAUAUCAAAAAAAUUAAAGCAAAAUGAACUGACAUUUUGACUUAUAGACUAGGCCCUUUAAAAUAUAGGGCAUAUGUAAAAUACGAAUUUUAUUUAUUUUUAUGACAACAUUUAUGUAAAUUAUAUUUAUGCAAUUUUUUUUGUACAUUUCUGUUCCAAUCAGAACCAGAUAUGUAUCAAUGUUCGAUAACAAUAUCGAUAUAAUUAUAUUGUCGAAUUAAAAUUGUGUACUCUGGUUCUUUAAUAACCUUAAAAUAUAUAACAAAUAAAUAUUGGAAAAUUUACAUACAACCAUAUUACGCCGACAAUGAUUAGCGCAAUGUAAUUGUCUAAUAAAGCUUUAUUAGUUGAGUUAACGCAUAUUUGAACAGUUUUCGUUCAUCACUGUGAUGGUUCAUUAAUUAACUAAUCACAAAAUGUAGUUCCCGCAAUUUUUAUAGAAUCUCUUAAAACCUACAUGUCAAUGCAAUGACUAUACAAAAGUAGGUAAUAUGCAAUGUUAGCAUUAAAAGAUUUAUAGUUUAAUUUAUUGUUAAUUUAAUAUAGUUAAUAUGACAAAUAAAUUCACGUCUUUUGAUAUUA